AUACCUAUCCGCGGAGCGAUCUGGCGGCCAUGCGAUCUGUGCUGCGGGGAAGACGAUACCGUGGUGGAUCCGGACUCAGGCGCCUGUGUCUGUUGCUCCUACGGCUGCGUAGUCUCCACCGACGAGUUCCGCCACCAGGCGUUCACCUCUGACGGCCAGGCUACUGGCUUCCUCCACAACAUCACCGAUUUUGACUACCGCCAGCGGAAGCUCCACCGCGCUCGAUCCCAAAUAGAGGAUCUUACCUCUGCCCUCGGCCUCUCCUCCCUUCGAGCGACCGAUGUUUCGAACCUCAUCUCCGAAGCCACUGACGGCUCCUUUGGCGACGGCCAGUGGUUCAGCGACCUCAUCGCUGCCUGCUCCUACAUCGUCGCGCGACGCCACCGCAUCCCUACUUCCCUUACUGAGGCCGCUGACGCUGUAAGCCGUGAUGCCUGUGACGUUGAUCACAUGGUCACCCGUGUCGUGCAGCAUCUUCGCCUCCCCUCUCUCCCGGAGUUCAAUUUUGCUGCUUCCCUCGAUCGCGUGGUUAAUACCUGCCAAAGCUUCAAGGGGCUAGAUCCUGAGAAAUCGAAAUCGGCCAAGGGCAAUUCCUUCUCAACUGCGCCACCAAAUGGUUCCUCACAACUGGGCGCCAGCCGCUUCCGGUGGUUGCUGCGGUCCUCGCCUUUGUUGCGGAUGCUAACGGGGUUAAAGCUUCCGUGGAGGAGAUUGCGGAGGGGAUUCUUGCUGGGGUAACCACAAGCAAGCUCCGGCUCAAGGAGCUAAUGGAGACCCUCAUUAGGGUUGCAAGAUCCUUGCUUCCAUGGGGGGAGGACGUCACACUCCAAAACCUAACUCUAAAUGCCCCUUUGCUGAUUCGCUUAAUGGAGAGGAAAUC